GAGUGACAGGUGGCGGUUUGGGAAGGCUGGGGCAUCGCAACGCCGGGAGCGCAGGAGAACCGGCUGCCCCGUCCGCCGGCAAACCAGGGAGGAGACUGGUGAAACCCUUAAAAUCCAGUUACACGCGAGUAACAGAGAGAGAGAGAGAACAAAGAGGGAAGGAGGGAGGGGGAAACGGGAGACGGAUAAAGAAGGGAAGGGCAAAGAGAGGGAGAGGAAAAAUAUGUGGGGAUAAGGGAUAAAGAGAAAGAAACCACAACAGAAGGAAUGAGGGAGCAAUAGAAAGAAAGUCCAUUAACUAGAGAGAGAGAGAAAGAGAGAAAGAAGUAAACCAGAGAAAAAAAGUAUCCCCAAGCAAACAAGGGGAAACAAAAAGUAAAGCAACAGGUCAAGAAAUCAGGAUCAGUGAAAGCAGGAGUAGAGCACUGUCAGACACCUACGUUUUAGGGGGUUUAAGGCCGGAACGGUGCCAGUGAGAUGGAAAAGUAUGAGAAGUUGGGUAAGAUUGGGGAGGGCUCCUACGGUGUGGUGUUCAGGUGCAGGAACAAAGACACGGGUCAGAUUGUAGCAAUCAAGAAAUUUGUGGAAUCGGAGGACGAUCCCCUUAUAAGGAAGAUUGCCCUGAGGGAGAUACGGAUGUUGAAGCAACUCAAGCAUGUGAACCUGGUCAACCUGCUGGAGGUAUUCCGGCGGAAGCGGAAGCUGCACCUGGUCUUUGAAUAUUGUGACCACACAGUACUGAAUGAACUGGACAAGUACCCCAGAGGGGUUGCAGAGGAUCAAGUAAAGAGCAUCAUACGACAGACACUGCAGGCUAUCAACUUCUGCCACAAGCACAACUGCAUCCACAGAGAUGUGAAGCCAGAGAACAUCCUCAUCACCAAACACGGCGUCAUCAAGCUCUGCGACUUUGGCUUUGCACGGAUCUUGACUGGGCCAGGGGACGACUAUACAGAUUACGUGGCGACUCGAUGGUACCGUGCCCCUGAGCUGCUGGUUGGUGACACACAGUAUGGUCCUCCGGUAGACGUGUGGGCAAUAGGUUGCGUCUUCGCCGAGCUCAUCUCGGGCAAUCCUCUGUGGCCAGGCCGUUCAGAUGUGGAUCAGCUCUACCUCAUCAGGAGGACACUAGGAGAUCUCAUCCCUCGGCACCAAAAGGUUUUCAGUUCCAACCAGUUCUUCAGUGGAGUAAACAUUCCGGAGCCUGAUGUUAUGGAGCCUCUCGAGGUGAGGUUUCCACACAUCUCUGCUCAGGCCCUCCACUUGAUGAAGGGCUGUCUGAUGAUGAACCCAGCAGAGAGACUGACCUGUGAGCAACUCCUGCAGCACCCACACUUUGACGGUUGUCGGGAAGAGAUGGAGAGCAGCAAGGAGGUGGAGAAGUUCAAGAGGAUGCCACGCAGACGCCCUCAAGGGCUGCAGUAUCUGCCACAGUUAACAAGCAGCAACAUCUCUCCUGCACCCGAGAACAAGAAGUACCACCGGCACAAGUACGACCACCACCUGCCCAACAUCUGACUAUAUGGCAGCAAGAACCAGCGAGCCCAGCCUAACACCUACUUGUACAACCACACCUUCCCCACCAAGUGGAAAUCCUGACACCUGCUUCCAGACCCAAACCCAAUCCGCAUUUAGAGACCUGGUCAUUCAGUUGGGUCGUGGGGGAGGGGAGGGGUGGGGGUUGAAGGGUGUUGGGGUGGCGAGGGGAAGAAACACAGGACAUUCUGAUAGAAACCAUAAUUAAAGUGUUCGAAGAUGGUCUUCAUUGUUGGGUAGGAAGUCCAAUCCACUUGUGGAUACCAAUAUGUCAUGGGACCAUAAUGGAUGGUCUAGCCUGUCCAACACCCUAUUGGCCAAGAAACCUUGUAUAUGAAGAUACUAGAACUGUACAGGCACAUUGCUGCAAUACUUGCAACACGUUUUGGGUUUGCAAGUUCUUUUUCUAGGCCAGUAGAUCAUGUGUGACAGUUCUCCUGAUCAGUUGACAUGUAAUCUCCUCCAAAUACGACAAUGAAGGUAACACUUCAGAAACUUAUUGCACAGGGCCAUCUGGUGGCCAGAGCUUACACAUCCCAGUGACCUUUAAGCAAAAUGAAUGGGAAUUAUUCGAAAUUUAUACCUGGGGAAUGUUGGAAGAAGUGUGGCUAAAAUUCCUCACUGCUUUGCUGGGCUGCUGGUGUAAGAUAAGAAGCGUGGGUCUGUCUUUUCACCUCUGUGUGCACACAUCAUAUCAGUGAUUAAUCCUGGUGUGUGGAACCCAAGCAGGUACCCAAACCACCACCCCACCCCCCCCCCCCCCCCUCCAAGUGUCUCAGCCUUCCCCCUCUGCACGGGUUGAAUGGAUGAUGUGUCUUCAACUCCCUCAGUUAGGCUGAAAGAAACAAUUCCAGACUUCAUUUUAAAUGUGAAACAAACUUGCUUAUUUUAGCUGACAGUUGUAAAGCUUGAUGUAUACAGAGAACACCAGCUGAAUUUGGGUUUUUAUACGCACCACUUCAGUUUUUACUUAUUCAUUGAUUGGGGAUCUGAGCAUCUCUAGAAAGGCCAGCAGUUGUCGACCUUGAACUGGGUGGCUUGGUAGCUACUUCAGAGGGGUAGUAAGGCUCACCGUGUUGGUGGAUCUGAGUUAGGGUAAGCACCCUACUUCACCAAUGCAGGGAUUCCACAGCUGAUUUGCACAUUGGGUAUUAUCCAUGGCUAGGACGGUGUUAUCGGAGGGUUAAGUGCAAGACACAGAUAGUGGAGAGUUCCUGUUUUUCUGGCAAGCAGUUGGGAACAGUAUUUGGUGAGGGUGGGGUGCCUUUAGUAGCGUUGGAUUGGUGACAGUGAGUGUAAAAUUGGCUAGCUUCCCUAGUGAACUGAAAGCAGAGCGAGAACGUCGCCAGUGUGGUUCCUCAAAGUGGCUGCCUAUUAUGCAACAAAACAGCAAUAUAAUAACCCAGGAGAAUACUGGAGCUACUGGGUCAUUAACGAGUGGGUUGAGGGGGGAGAAGGCUAUUUACCUCACUUUGGCUUCUUACAUUGAGCAAUAACCUGCUCGCUCCUCCUGGUACCUUCAAUUCCUGAGGGAAUCCUGGGUGCAGACUCAGGUACAAGCUAGUUGAGAAGAACUGAAUGUUCCUUUUAAUCAAAUUAAGUUGUGUUGUGUUCAACGUGUCUGUGCAUUGAUUGGGAUUAUGAGUUUAAUUGUAGCUACGGUUUGAUCAAUAAGCGCUCUGCACAGGUUGGAUUGUGCAUUUAGAACAAGUGUGCAAGCCCUGAUUUGGCUCCCACCCUCCAUCCCUGUUUGUGGCAUGGAUGCCUGGCUUCGCAAGAGAAUGGUUGAGGACCUUGCUUCCUAGGUCUACUUCCUAGCCACACGUGUAGAGUGAUUGCUGUUUGUGGGAUCUUGCUGUGCACAGACCAGCAGCUGUGGUUUCUUCAUCUCAGCAGUGACCGCACAUUGACUCUGGGAGAUCCCGAGGUUGUGAAAGGUGCUACAUAAUGCAGUUCAUAAAACCUUUCUAUUUUUCAGUAACCAUCAUAUAAGUUUCUCUUUCUUGCUGUCACCUCUCCACUAAAGUUGGAGAGAGCUGCUUCAGGUGUUGGAAGUAACCUCUUGUUCUCUAGCCUGCCACAGUCAGCACUAGCGGUAACUAAAUCACACUACCAGUAAAUGGAGUUGAGUCACCUCAUUAUGGGGCAAUUUUACACUCUUUAAGUAUUUUUUUCACCUAAACAGCUCCUUUAAAGACUUGCUGAUGGACACAGUGUGAGGAUUUAGCCUGGUGACUGGACUGCUUUCUGUGUGCUGACUGUGUUAUUCAAGGUAGUAAAGCACCAGGAGCCCCCAGCAACCAAAGACCUGGAGACUAUUGCAUGUAAUCUUAAAGAAAUAAAAUCACUAAUUCUUUUUCUUUUACAACUAUUUGAACUCUUCUGUUUAUUAGAUAUAAAAAUAUUGGAGUGGAGAAGUGGCAGUGGUUCAUUGAGACUCUAUAGCCGGGUGAGAGGUCAGCUGAUGAAACCAGCCAGAUUUGGUCACGUCCAGUCUGAAAUAGAAAAGUGCAGGUCAGGCUGCAACUGUGGCGAGAUAAACAGUGAGUGUUUCAGGCUGAAGACCUUGCAUCAGGACAUCAGAAUACAAGUGCGGAUCCGAAACAUCAACUGACUCAAAUGUUUCUGGAAUUUGCUGUCUUUAGGCAAAUACAGUAUUUUGUGUUUGGAUUAUGCAUUAUGGCAAUUUGUUUGAUUUGGGGCAAAUUUGCCAUUUGUUAAAUUUCACCUGGGUGGUAUGACGGGUUUGUCGGAAACUCUGUGUGGUAUGUUUGAGUCACUUCUGAACAGAGGGGUGUGCAUGGCCAGUUAGCGGGGGCUGACGUAAGAGCAAAGGAUCUCUACUUUGAUACAUCAUGCACUGAGACCAUUUGGUCCAUUCUGGUUGUCCUCUCACUGCAAGAGAGCAAUGUAUUAGUUCUGCUUCCUGCAUACAUGCAAGAUUUUCCUUCUGAUUAACUUUUGUAAGUUAUUCCCAACAGGAAUAGGUUCUGUAGCCUGGAACUGACAACAAUCCAAGCAACACAUAACUUGGAAUUGGAAUUGUUUUAUUAUUGUCAAAUGUACCGAGGUACAAUGAAAAACUUGUCUUGCAUACCGUUCAUACAGAUCAAUUCAUUACACAGUGCAUCAAGGUAAUACAAGGUAAAACAAUAACAGAAUACAGAAUAAAGUGUAACAGCUACAGAGAAAGUGCAGUGCAGGUAGGCAAGAAGGUGCAAGGUCAUAAUGAGGUAGAUUGUGAGGUAGACUGCUGGAUGUGUUGUGUGGAACCUGAGCCCGUGGCCUUCUUACAGGCAGAUGUACCCCCCACUGAACCAUGACUUGCAUUCUUUCAACUCCUUUCUUCAAAUCAUUAAGACCUCUCUUCCUUUCAUUGGCAUCAGCUUUGUUAUAACCACUGAGGGAGCAUCAAGCAAACACUUUGCUUUCUGUGCCAGUGGCCCUCUGUUCGCUCACACUGUGGCCCAUUCACGGGUCAUCUGGAUCAUCUGUGAUUGAAAAAACAGGCUGAGAAGACUGUGUGUAAUUUACUGCCAUCCACAGUGCCAGAAUCCACAGACCUAGGGGCAUAGGUAAUGUGAACACGCAGUCUUUUUUCCCAGGGAAGGGGAACUAAAAACUCGAGGGCAUAGGCUUAAGGUGAGAGGUGAAAGAUUUUAAAGGGACCUGAGGGGCAACUUCUUCAUGCAGAGGGUGGUGUGUAUAGGGAAUAGGGAAGUGGUUGAGGCAGGUACAAAUAACAACAUUCAAAAGACAUUUGGAUAAGAACAUGUAUAGGAGGGGUUUAGAGGGAUAUGGGCCAAACACUGGCAAGUGGGGUUAGCUUAGACGGGCACCAUGGUUGUUAUGGAUGGGUUGGGCCGAAGGGCCUGUUUCCAUGCUGUGUUACUCUAUGGCUCAGCCUCACAGCUCCAGACACCCAGAUCCAACCCUGACUUCCGGUGCUGUCUUAGUGGCGUUUGCACGUUCUCCCUGUGUCUGCGUGGGUUUCCCCCGGGCGCUCUGGCUUCCUCUCAACUCUCAAUGAUGUGCGGGUUGGUGGAUUAAUCGGUUACUGUAAGUUACCCCUGGUGUGGGUGGUGACUGGAGAGCAGGCCUGGGGGAGGGGAAGUUGAUGGGGGGGGGGUG